AGGUUUUUUGGGGGGUUGGGUUGUGGGGUUUUUUUGGGAGUGUUGCUAAUUGGAAAAAUAAAGUUCCGAGUGAACUGGCAGUGUUAUCUUGACUGUACCUGUGAAUAUUGCUGUUGUACAGUUUGCUGAUAACCUUAUAACAAAUCUGUAUGAAAGCACAAGACAAUCAUUGCUAAAUAUCCAAUAAUACUAAAUUUGCUGUAGAAUAUUUUUGAGAUUCCUCUCCUGUAGAAUGUACAUUAUGUCCAGUAUCUGCCACAGAACUGGUGUGAUAGUGAUGGGCCUUGUGGAUCUUGUACAUUAAUCGUUUGGAGUAAAUUGUGCAGCACGUUCUGAUGCUUGUGGAAAUAUUCCUUGGAGAGCCCCUGUCUGUUACCUUCUCUCCAAGCCCAAGUAGACGAUGCUGUGGUGCUGUUGGAGCAGGCCCAAGCAGUGUCUACACCUAACUUUACAAAGGAAAGGAAAACUAUUCCCUCUUUAACUUGUUUCUAACACAGCUGAAGAAUACUACUUUGCCUUGUGUCCCUAAAGUCCUGUAUUAUAACUGAUAAUUCAUAAAUAUUAUAUUACCUCUUAAGAAGUUAAUGUGAAGCUUUUAGCAAUUGUGUAACUGAGCAACUGAGUGGUAAUUCUAGAAUAUGUCUGUUGGAUUUACAUAGUGUAGCCCAAACUACUCUCCCAUUUACAGAGUAUUUUAAUACUGUAGGAAUUAUUCAAGGUUGGUAUAGAAAAGCAGCUUUCAAGGGAGUUUUAAAACUAUCUAUAGAUAUUUAAAAACCCCCAAAAUUCAAACAGAAGAUUUAUUAGUAAAAGGUGUUUUCUGUUCCUUCCCUUCAUGGUCUCCAGCAGGAACUGAGCUGGGUGUUCUUUCUUGUAACAGCUGACAGCUUGCUUGGUCCAGGAGCCGUCUCUCUGCAGGUGCGUUCAGUCGCGGCAUGCUGUGCCUCCGGGGACCAGCUCGGCUUUAUCGCUGUCAGCUGCAGGUACUGCGGGGGCCGGUGGUAGCACAGACGGAUGCAGGAGCGGUACAGGCAGAGAGGUUUACAGCAGCUUCAGCCGCUGUACACUGGGGUUGGGAGGGAGCUGCGAACAGCUCACCUCGUCGAGCCGCUGCAGCAAGGCUCAGCUGUCGCCUGGGCGGAGGUACGUGUCGCUGGCCCUCCGGACCACUUCAGAGGUGCAUUGACGGAGAGAGGCGGGGAAGGCGGCGCCGCUCCCGCCCGGCCCCGGGCCUUCCCCGCCCCGUGACGGCACCACCGCGGGCGGGGCCCGGCGCCGCUUCCUGGGGCGGCGGGCCGGGCAUGGGGGGCGCCGGGUUGGGCUGGGGGCCCGCGGGCCUGUGGGUGACGCUGGCGCUGUUCUGGAUCGCGGGAGCCGCUCUGGCCGCGGAGGGGCCGGCCGAGCCCUGCGGGGCGGAUGGGUGGGCGCAGGACGCCGUCCCUCCGGGCGCGGCCUUCGUCGCCGCCGCGUCUUACCGCGGGCCCGGCAACAACGACACGCGGAGCAACAAGGCGCUGCCCAUCCUGCUGUGGUGGAGCGGGAGCCUCUUCCCGCACUUCCCCGGCGACACGGAGCGCAUCGACUGCCCCCGCGGCUCCUGCCUCGUCACCCGGAGCCGGCGGGUGGCCCGGCACCGCCGCACCAAGGCGCUCAUCUUCUACGGCACCGACUUCAGGGCGUACGAGGCGCCGCUGCCCCGCCUGCCCCACCAGACCUGGGCGCUCUUCCACGAGGAGUCCCCCAUGAACAACUACGUGCUCUCGCACUCGCCCGGCAUUCGGCUCUUCAACUACACGGCCACCUUCCGCCGGGAGUCCGACUACCCGCUCACGCUGCAGUGGCUGCCGGGCACCGGGUACCUGCGGGCCCCGGCCGUGGCCCUGGCCGAGAAGGACGCGUGGCGGCGGAAGGGCUACGGCCCGGUGCUUUACAUGCAGUCCCACUGCGAUGUGCCCUCGGACAGGGACCGCUACGUGCGGGAGCUCAUGAAGUACAUCCAGGUUGACUCCUAUGGGAAAUGUCUGCAUAACCGUGAGCUCCCCAGUGAACGACUUAGAGACACUUCUACAGCCACUACAGAAGAUUCUGAAUUUAUGACUUUUAUUGCCAGGUACAAGUUUCAUCUGGCCUUGGAGAAUGCCAUAUGUGACGACUACAUGACAGAGAAGCUGUGGCGUCCCAUGCACUUGGGUGCUGUCCCAGUGUACCGAGGCUCCCCAGCUGUGCGGGACUGGAUGCCAAACAACCUCUCCAUCAUUCUUAUAGAUGAUUUUGACAGCCCCCGAGAGCUGGCAAAGUACCUUGAUUUCCUGGACAAGAAUGGAGAGGAAUAUUUGAAGUAUCUAGAGUAUAAAAACGUUGGUGGAAUCAAAAACCAGUUCUUGCUAGAGAGCUUGGAGAAGCGGGAGUGGGGUGUGAAUGACAUGACUCUGCCCAAUUACCUGAAUGGCUUCGAGUGCUUCAUCUGUGACAAGGAGAACACCCGGGUCAAAGAGGAGCAGAAACACAAGAAGUCUCGUGGAAAAAUUCCAGCUCCCAAACCUCAUAUAGCUCAGUUCAAGCACAUGGGAUGUCCUAUGCCAACCCCUGGGUUUGGAAGCAUUGAAGAUCUCUCUGAGGGAGACAGUUGGAAAGAAAUGUGGCUGCAGGAUUAUUGGCAAAGCCUUGAUCAGGGUGAGGCCCUCACUGCUAUGAUUCACCGCAAUGAGUCUCAUCAGGGAAGAUUUUGGGACUACAUGCAUGAGAUUUUUCUCAAGAGGACGAGACAACACUGAACUAUCUUCAUAAAAGCUUGAUUUUAAAAUUGUAUUGAAAGUUGAAUCUGUGAAUUCUUACCUCACUUCAAAUGUUUGCCUUGAUAAAAACCAAAAAACCUCUCACAGAGACAUGGUGCAGGAAGUGAGUAAGUUUUUGUUGUGAUUGGAUUUCGGCAGUGGAAAUGUUAGCAACUGCUUUGAUUUGGGUUUCAGCUCUGUGGUGUGAAGCCACUCCUGACUUGCAGGUGUCAACAUGUGGUGCAAAAGAGGAAUUUACUCUCCUUUUGCAUUUGCUAUACUUAUCUUGUGUCUUACAUGACUUCAGGCUCUUGCUCAAGUGCCCUAAGUUAUUUCAGGGAUUUUUUAAUUCUUCAGAAUAUUAGUACUUUUUUUAAAGUAUUUUAUCAAUCACAUAUUCUCUUCAUUAAGAUGUACUUUUAGCUGCUAUUAACAAAUGGCUUUUCCAGUGAAGGAAUUAGAAAAGACACAUCUGUGAAGAGCAGUCGUGCCUUAUGAAGUUGCUGCAAUAAAGUCUCUUCUCCCCAAGUAACAUGCCUCAAAUACUCCUCCUUUACAAGGUAACUGAAUAACUAUGGGCAGGUCACUUAACUCUCUGCUAAUUUUCCUCUUUUGAUGUCCUAGGAGAACAUAUGUACAGUGGGAUGGGAGAACAAAUUAUUUAAGUUGCAACUUUCAACAAAGUAUUUCACACCAGAAAGUGUAUUACCUGGUAUUGUGUAGAACAAAAUAAAAUUCUAUGCUUUGGUUCUUCUAAGGUUCUAUCGCAUCGGAAAUCUGUAAUUUUGACUUUCUGUUAUCUCCUUAAUGGUAGCAAUUCAGAGGCUUUGGAUUUUUUUCCUUUUGAGUAUGUGCAGCUCUGUGCAAAGACAAAUACAAUUUGCCAGUGGUGCCUUU